AUGGGGAAAGCCAAGAUUGCGAUUGAGAGGAUUGACAAUUCAACCAACAGACAAGUCACUUUCUCAAAGAGACGAAGUGGUCUGUUCAAGAAAGCAAGAGAGCUUGCGAUCCUCUGUGACGCACAGGUUGGUGUUAUUGUGUUCUCCAGCACCCACAAGCUCUAUGAAUAUGGAAGCUCCAGCCUGAAGUCAAUUAUUGAGCGAUACACUAAGCAAAUAGAGGAACAUCAUCAUCCACUCAUGAAUUCCGACUCAGAAGCCAAGUUUUGGCGGAGAGAAGCAACGGUCUUGAAGCAACAACUGCAACACUUGCAGGAAUUGCACAGGUACAAAAGGUUAAUCUCACAGGAAAGUGCUAUGAACAAAGCAGUGCAACACAAUGGAAGGCAAUUCAUGGGUGAACAGAUUUCUGGUCUGGGAAUCAUCGAGUUGAAAACUUUGGAAAAUCAACUGGAGAUGAGUUUAAAAAAUGUCCAGAUCAAGAAGGAGCAAAUUUUAGCUGACAAGAUUAAAGAGUUACAACACAAGGUAAGACGAAGAAGUUUGCCUUCAAUUACACAGCAAUCAAGGAGGGAAGAUGAAGACAUCAUCUCUAGUGAGCCUAUUUCUGAAGCAAGGGUUGUGAAUGAGGAAUACGGGAAUCCUAAUAAUCCUACAUGCACUAUUCAUCUCCAGCUGAGCCAACCACAGUCUCAAUCUAGUGAAUCACCAACCAAAGCAAUGGAGCUGGGAUUACAGCUGCUUUGGCACAACCUCUUUGACAAUCUAGGAUUCUCAACGCCAUGCUGCCACCAACUUUCCU